AUGGUUGAUCCACAACAAGAUGGAAAAAAAAAUGGGAAUUAUGAGCAGUGGACCAAGGAAGAGAGUGAUACCUUAUUAGAACUAAUGGUUGAUGCCGCCGUUAGGGGAUGGCGUGACAAUAGUGGCAUCUUAAGUAAGCAAAUAGUGGAAGAAAGAAUACUUCCUGUUCUUAAUGCAAAACUUGGGUGUCACAAGACCUACAAAAACUACCAAAGCAGGGUUAGAUGGUUUAAAGGUCGAUGGAACUCUUACUCUACCCUUAUGCGUUUUAGCUCUGGUUUUGGAUUUGAUUCAACUACAAAGAGGUUUACUGCUUCUAAUGAAGUAUGGGAGGAAUACCUUAAGGUUUUUUGUUGUAGUGACAAUGAGAAUGAGAAUAAUGAGGAACAUAUGGAUGACGGGGAACAAGAAGGUUAUGAUGAUAAUGAGGUUGGAAUGGAUGAGUAUGCAGCUUUCUAA